UUUGCGCGUAGCCGAGUGCCUAGAUAAAUACGUCCUCGAUGUGUGAUAGAUAGUUGUUAUCGGCCCGCUACUUGUGCGGCUUGACUAAACAAUGUUAAUCAGUACUAUGUCGUGUGGCAGGCGCUUCGUUUGCUCAAUUAACGUGUGAUAAUAGACGGUAUGAGUGUUUAAGCCGUUGAUAGUGUUAACCAUGACUCGGUCCAGCUACCGACCCCUGGUGCCCCGGUCUUCAAACAACUCCCUGGACAACCGCGAGACCGGGACAACGUCACCUCCAGGCGAGCCCCUAGUCCGAGCCCCUGUGGGCAAGCCAAGAUGUCCGCCCGCCAUCUCGAGACUGCGCGUCGAGAAAGUUGAGGGCGGCCUGGCGGUGGCAGGCGUCGUGGUCGCCGCCAACUGCCAAAUCGUCCUACCCAUAUUCGGCUUCCUCUUCAUGCUGGUGGGAUGCGUGCUUACUGCUACGUCGUAUCGUGUCCGUGGGGAGAAUGAAGAGCAGGAUCAUUAUCAAGAGCGGAUUGCAUUUACGGGAAACUCUCGGGUGCUCGGCCCCGUUUGCAUAGUCGCCGGUGCACUUAUGACAAUUGCUGGUAUCGUGUUAUGCAUACUGAUGCGUGCCGCACAGCGACGUCAAAGGAGACUGGCAUUCCACUGCCCCAUUCACGGCGACUUCUAUCCCUUGAGCCCACAAAAUAGCAGAAAAUAUUCCCGUAAUCCUAGCGGUAUAUUGCGUGGUAUACGCAGUUGGCUCGGGCUGGUGGAGGACGGUGAAUCCCCACGCUGUCCGCGCUCCGUGGAGCCUGCAUCGCCCGCCCGCGCUGACGCACCCUGCCCGCCGCCUUUACCUUUCCUUGUGCCAUCUGACUCCGUCGUUGGUAUGGCGUCAGUUUUAGGAGCUCCGCUAAGCCCUGAAGCAACAUUUGGAUCUAUCAAGUCUCUCGCCAUAUCCAGAGAAGUGGCAAGCUUCCCUCUUUCACGGUCUCCAACUCCACCCCCUAUGAGUUGUCCACCGUUCAAAGAAGAGCCCAUGAUCCAGAACAACAUCCCGAAUGCUGUGACUCGCUCGGACUUAGACUGUGGGUCGCCGACGUGUAACUACAGAGUUGUCGAGUGUAAGCUGACGACGACCGACGAGAUAUGCCGCGCCCCCGUGCAUGCCAGCGUCCACAAGGCCUCAGAUCGCACCAGACCAGCCACAGUAUCCAUCACGAUACCUAACGAAGGAAAGGGCUAACCGAUCUCAAAGGACUGAAAUCAUUAGAUAAUUAUAUAAUUAUUAUGUUUGAUGAGGAAAGUGUGAACUAAUUUUGAUAAUUAGGAUGAUUGGGCGAGGUCAUAUUGAACCCGUCUAAUCGAGGCAUGUUGUAGAGUUGUAGACGGAACCGAGUACGAUGUAAUUUUUUCCAUUAAGCCAUUACCUUUGCAUAUUGAUUUUAAUGUUAGCUCAAAUAAUCACGUCUGUCUUCCGUUAGUAGCACCAUCUGACGAAUUGUCACACUUACUGAAAAUAAAAUUCACUCUAUCACUACUUAUAUACGUGUUAAUAACUAAGUACUAAAGUAAACCCACUUCUGAUUAUAUUGUGUAAUAUUUUUUGAACCUACCUAAAUAUAAGUUAUAGCCAUACGUCGGACUCCAGCGGGCAUUUUCGUGGCAUGUCAGAAUGAUAGGUAAGGUUCGCAAAUCAAUCAAUUCACUUUCGAGUACUUGUACUUAGUAUUUGGUACCUUGUAUUUAUAAUGUGAAAUUCCAAAUAGGUAUCAUAGCAACUAACUGCGUUUUUUAUAAACGUACUUGGACUACACAAGUCAAAAUGGUGAAAAAGUUCGUUUGGCUUUAUCCGUCACUCAGACAAUUGCAGCUGUGAGAAAGGAACAAAACAAAUGAGUUAACUGGGCAUGUCAAGUUCUAUGAACACGGCUGUGUUACAAAUACUAGGUACAUUAUAAUACUCGUAAGUUAAGAUUUUUUUGUAAACCUUACCUUGCCCUCAAACUGCCCCCUAUAGUCCGACGUAUGGUUAUAGCACAGACGCAAAGUAUGUAAUUAUUGUUAACCUAUGCUCAGAAUGAUUACUCAAUCAGUUUAACAAAUGUCUCAAUUGUUAUCGUACUUUAUUUGCUCUAUGUAUAGCAAUAUGUUCCGCCAAAUAUCGUAUGUAAGAAAUGGAUGUGAAUAAGAGAUCGAGAUCAAUUCAGGAAUGUGAAUAAAUGUUAUAACAAAUUAAAGUUAUUUGAAAUUAGUUUAUGUCAUAAAAUUGCUACCUAUUUUAAUUUAAUUGACAAAUUAUUCCUAAUUCAAAAUUGUUUAUAACGUCAUAAUACUCAUAAUAUGUAUGUGAGUAUUAUGUACGGUGUGUAUUGUAUUGUGUGAAAUGCUCAUAUGUAUAUGUAUAUGUGUCUUAGUCGUAAAAAUAGUAUGCUUGUUUUCCACCUUAGAUUUGUAUUCGAUGAAAUUAUUCUCAUAACAUGAGUGCAGAAAAGAAGCAGAACAAGAAUGGUGUUAAAGCAGCCUACUGAUCCUGAUAAUGAUUUUGUUAACAUGAAAAUGCCCAACAAAAGCGGGUACUUGAAAUAGUUUUUAAUACCUACCUUAGCUAUCAAUAUAUUAUCGUAUUGCAGAAAUAACAAAAAAACAUGCAAAUUUUUAGUAAUUCCUAUAACGUAUUUUCUUUCUUAUAGGAAUGGUUUUGCUAUUUGCUAUAUGUUACUUAUCUCAUAAACCAAAAAAACUUAAAUGCAUCAUUAAAUUCAUUAAUCAUUAAUUUUCGACUAAGGUACUGACAGUAUAGUUCGCUCAGUGUCAUUUGUAACGUGUAGAAGUUUUUUCUUUGAUUUCUUUGUACGUAUCUUGGUAACUAUUUAAGAAAUUAAGUUAAGAUAAGUAGGUACAUUCAUACUUCAUACAAAACACAUAUUACCCCUAGUCGUAGUUCCGAAAUGUGAUAUUUUUUCGUCUAUAAUGUUUUCAUACAACACGUCAGUUUUAGGGUAUUUCGCCAGUAACUGGCCACCUGUUACUGGCGUAUUAGCCUAAAUUUAUUUUAUAAAUCAAGAAAAUUAACAACCUACUUAUGUAUAACAUACAUUCUUCAGUUAUCAUUAUUUUGGUGAAAUUGCCAAAAGAAGUUGCCAAAAUUCACAAUACAUUGCGUUGUUUUUUAACCGAUCACCAUCAAAUGUUUGGUAAUGAUAAUUUAUGCAAUAUGUUCAUAAAAAUGUUUUAGCAUCACACUCAACCAUGCUCACAAAAGACAUAUUAAGUAGGAUGCAAAAAGUGUAGUCCAGGUGUAUAGUUAGGUAUUACUCGUAGACUCUAACAAGUAACAUGAUUUUUGUGAUGAAGGCAUUUAUUGGCCAAGUUGUUCGAAAUCGUAAGGAAUGUAAUUUUUAUAAUCCUUAGGUAAGUGCCACGCCUAAGUAACCUAUUAUUAUUGUAUACUUAAUUAAGCUAUUUAAUUUUGUUAUAAUCGUAAGGACAACGUGAAAAUACAAUUUUGAAGUUAAA